AUGUGUAAACCGGUAUUUACGGCGCAGUACUACCCAGAAAUGACGUCAACAUACAUAAUAAUCUACGAUCCUCCGAGUGCCGUAGGAGAGUUUGAGGGUUUUGAAGUGCUAAUGAAGACAGGCGGUCUCGUGUCUGUACAUCCGUGGCAAUCAGUGGCCAAUCUGUCUGCAACUUCGCGGUACUAUAGCAUAGGUGGAAUUAAACCCCAAUCAACCUAUACAGUCACCGUGCGUGGACAUCUUUCGUCCAACCGGUCUACUGAAAUGGCAGACCCAGUGGAGUUCAUGGGAGUGGAUAAAGGUCUCUCUGCUCCACAGAACCUGAAAAUGGAUGCACUUGACUCUCGCAGAGUGCGUAUUACAUGGGAUCCACCGGUGCAAUCGUACGACCGCAUCACCGAUUACACUCUUGGCUUGAUUGUUAACGGCACUUUUACAAAAGCUGUCCUUCUCACCAAAAACAAACCCUACAUUUAUGCAGGAUUAAAACCUGGACAAAAGCUUUCAGCUUACGUUCGUGCAACUAGCCGACCUAAAUUGCCCUUCAAACUUACCCUUAAGGGCUUCCAAUCUCCCCUCCUUUCAGCAAUCACACCACUCCUGACCAGAGGUAUGCGUAAACCGACGUUCGCAGCCACCUUCAGCGCCAUUGCGUCAACGCUGAUUCUGGCAAUCGAUGAUCCACACGAUGUUGAGGGCACAUUCAGAGGCUACGAGGUGUUGAUGAAGGUGGGUGGUGUUGUCUCGCCAACACCGUGGCAAUCAGUGGCCAACCUAUCCGCUUCGAGACGAUACUACAGUGUGGAGGGCAUUCAACCUCUCUCAACACAUACGGUCACCGUGCGUGGACACCUCUCCUCCAAACGCUUCAGUGCUCUCGCUGACCCAGUGGAGUUCAUGGGAGUUGAUAAAGCUCUCUCUGCUCCCCAACAUGUGCAACUGGUGGCCCUCGACUCUCACAGGGUGCACAUCACAUGGCAGCCACCUCUUCACGCCUACGGUCGCAUCACACGCUACGCCAUCGCAUGGCGUGUCGACAACAUCGCCAAACCAUCAAUCUACCUCUACAAGGAGACCAACUACACCUUCACCACCUUGCGACCUGGACAAACCAUUUCUGCUUCCGUUGCUGCAACCAGUCGGCCUGAUUCGUCCAUGAACAUUCAGCUCCACAGUGAUGCCUCUCCAUAUGCAUCCGCAAGCACACCACUCCCCGUGGAAGUCUCCUUACUUUGCAUUGUUUUGCAGACGGAGUGGAGAGCAGAGACACUGGAGAGUGGGACAGUGAGUGGCCAAAAUAGACGUCUCCCAGUCAUUGACUGUCAACGCAUGCGACUGCCCUUCCAACACCGCUAA